AUGGAUAAGAAUUAUUCCACUCCAACUAAAUUCAUCCUCUUGGGAAUUACCAAUGAUCCUGAACUAAAUGUGGCCUUCUUUGUUCUUUUUCUCAUAAUUUAUUUGGUUAUUCUUAUAACAAAUAUUGGGAUGAUCAUCUUAAUCCGGUUAGACUCUCAACUCCAUUCACCCAUGUAUUUCUUCCUUAGCCACAUGUCCUUCUGUGACCUCUGUUACUCUACAGCCAUUGGCCCCAAGAUGCUGGUGGACAUCUUUGCUGAGGACAAAUCCAUUUCCUUCAUUGGUUGUGCUUUGCAAUUCUAUUUCUUUUGUACAUUUACAGAUUCUGAGUGUCUACUGUUAGCAGUAAUGGCCUUUGAUCGCUAUAUGGCAAUAAGUAACCCUUUGCUUUAUACAGUAAACAUGACUAGCAAGGUCUGCUACUUAAUGAUUGCUGGGGUCUACAUGGUGGGGAUGAUGGAUGCCCUGCUACAUACAACUUUAACCUUCACACUGAGUUUCUGUAUGUCCAAUGAGAUCAAUCAUUUCUUCUGUGAUGUUCCUCCUCUUUUGUUAAUCUCUUGUUCUGAUACCCAUGUCAACGAGCUUGUGAUCUUCACUGUCUUUGGUUUUAUUGAAAUGGUCACUAUUUUAGCAGUCCUCAUUUCUUAUUGUUAUAUAAUUCUAUCUGUGUUGAAAAUCCACUCCACUGAGGGCAGAUGGAAAACAUUUUCUACCUGUACUUCUCAUUUAGCUGUUGUCACAAUCUUCCAGGGUACUAUUCUUUUUAUGUACUUCAGACCAAGUUCUGCCUAUUCAUUAGAUCAAGACAAAAUUACCUCCUUGUUUUAUACUAUUGUCAUUCCCAUGUUGAACCCCCUUAUCUACAGUUUAAGAAACAAAGAUGUGAAAGGGGCCCUGGAAAAAUUGAAAAGUAAAAUAUUUUCUUAA